AUGACUCUCAUCGAAGUUGAUGAACCGAUUGUUGGCAUGACCAUCGGAAAUGCGACAGAAAGAGAGGAUGACAAGGCUGCAAACGUCGCCGAAUUUACCGUGCUCGAUGACUCUCACAUUGACAUCAACGUCUCAGACUAUACCGCUGAGAAUGUUACAAGCCCUUGUCCCGCAAUGCGACCGGCUCUCGAUAUUUCCUCACCCUAUCUGCAUCCUAACGAUCUAUCGAUAUACCCUAUCCCCGAUGAGUCUUAUGACGAAGCAAUCAAGCGUGGCGCGCAACGGCUAGCUCAUGAACUUUCCAGCGUGCGCUCAUAUGAGAGUUGCCAGUCGGAAUGUAAUAAUGGUCUUUUUCCCGAGCCAUCGUCUGCUCUCUCAGAAUCUCCCGUUAAAUCAAAGUCACCCGAUCCCUUCCCCUGGGUGUACUGCACGUGGGAAGGCGGGUGCGGCGCAAGGUUGGAUGAUGUGUCUCCGGGAGGCAUCACGCGUCAUCUUCAGCAGUGGCACAUUACCGGUCGUUGGGAACAGCAGCAGGCGGGUAGAUGCAAGUGGUCCAAUGGAAAAGGAUACGACCCGUGUGAUCGUCCAAUGUCGCAGGGCAGCUACGGGAAGCAUAUCGCCUCCACACACUUGCGCUUGACGGCAUCCAUGUGCAAAAAGUGUCAUGGAAUCCUUUCCAGACUUGAUGUGACCACAGGGCACGCGAAUCCACACAAAUCAUGCAAACGUCCCCACAGCAUACGUUCUCGCGGAUAA